UAUUUCCAACAAUUUCCUCAAUUAGGAUGAGCCCAGGAGGUUUUAAGGUCACCUAGGCCCCGCUCCCCGCCUUAUCUCUCCACCGCCAUCUCAACCGCCGUGCCACAGCCACAGCUACCGCUACCGGUAUGGAUUCACUCCUCCUCUCCACUUCACCCUACACUAAUUUCUCACUUCCCCAAAAUCGUUCCUUUCUCUUUAAACAAGCCCCAAAACCAAUCCUUUUCCUCCACCCUUCCAAAUCCCUAAAAUGCUCCCUCAAUUCUUUCUACCAACCAAACACCUCCACAACCCACAAUCCCAAAAUGCCAUCUCCAUAUUCCCUAUUUCUCCACCUCUCUGCCUCCGCCCCGCAGACUCCUGCUACCGCGAUACGAGGUGCUGAGGGCGACGCCAUGGGCUUAUUACUGAAGGAAAGAAUUGUCUUUUUGGGGAACAACAUUGAUGAUUUUGUAGCUGAUGCUAUUAUCAGUCAGCUGCUUAUGCUCGACGCUCAGGACCCUACUAAGGAUAUUCGACUGUUUAUUAAUUCCCCAGGUGGCUCCCUAAGUGCUACAAUGGCCAUCUUUGAUGUUGUACGGCUUGUAAGGGCUGAUGUCUCCACCGUCGCACUGGGUAUUUCCGCAUCAACUGCUUCUAUAAUUCUUGGUGGUGGCACAAAGGGCAAGCGCUUUGCAAUGCCCAAUACACGAGUCAUGAUACAUCAACCACUGGGGGGUGCUAGUGGCCAAGCAAUAGAUGUGGAAAUUCAAGCUCAGGAAGUUAUGCACAAUAAGAAGAAUGUCACAAGACUUAUAUCUGAGUUCACUGGUCGGUCACUUGAACAAGUUGAAAAAGAUAUUGAUAGAGAUCGUUACAUGUCCCCUAUUGAGGCCGUUGAAUAUGGCAUAAUUGAUGGAGUUAUCGAUGGAGAUAGCAUAAUUCCACUUGUGCCUGUUCCUGAAAAGGUCAAGGCCUCUACAUUCAAUUACGAGGAGAUCAGUAAGGACCCUAAAAGGUUUUUGACUCCAGACAUCCCUGACGACGAGAUAUAUUAGCUGGACCAGUAUUACAGGUUUGUAUUUUAAGGUGGCUGGAGCCGUUGAGGAAACUCGAACAGGACUAGGUUGCCCAUGCUGCUGAAGUAUUUUCUAUACGGCAAACUAGACUUGCUACAGAGCUCCAUUUCUUUGAUUGAUUUAUCUUUAGUUCUCAUUGACUCAAUUGAUAUUUUCUUAUUGUUUCUUUGGAGAGGGGGAAAUUGUAGUUGUGGUCCUUUUGAGACUUGAAUCACUGCAUUGUAAUGUAUCAAUGACAGAGCAAAGAACGACAAUAUGAUCUUGCUUGGACAUUUAUUAAAGUAGAGGUUUUGAGCGAA